CUGUGGGGAUGAAGCAGGAGUCAGGAUUCAUUUUGUAUUUUUGAUGUUUUGACUUUGAAUUUGAAAAAGAAGAGGACAUCAUUUGGUGAGAUCAAUCUUUUGUUUUUGUUGGUUGUCUGGAUACUUCAGGAUUCAUCAGGAGACUCUUAUCUUUGUGACAUGAAAAACCCUAGGACUUUGACCAAACCAUGACUUGCAAUGCUUCUCACCUGGCAUAACAAUUGAGGCCACACCCACAUUUUACCUCAUUCUUCCUGGUACAUUUCCAUUCCUCCAGUCACUAUGUCUUUACCGUUUUGAACUUUUCCAACCUUGCCGUAUACAUCGGUGACAUGUUGCCUGUGGUCAAGACGGAGACACAUCCUCUCAUACAGUGCAUUAUUGAUGGGAAGUUCAAGAAGUUAAAAAAGCUGAAAUUUGAGGUUAAUGAACUGUAUCAUUGUGAGCAAUGGAAAGAUGAUGUCACCCCUUUAUGUGCAGCAGUUAGCUGUGGAAAAGAAGAGAUCUGUACAUACCUUCUCAGAGACAAUGCUGAUGCUAACAAGACGUCAAGUAGAGGCUUAACACCAUUGAUGUAUGCUCUGCAGUUCAAUGUGUCAGUUCAUUUAGUCAGACAACUAUUAAAUGGAAAAGCUGAUCCUAAUUUGGGAUUACCCACUCCAUUUGUACUAGCUGCAUGUAACAACAGAAAGGAUAUCGCAAAUGAAUUACUCAAACAUGGAGCUAUUCCUGAAAUUCAUUUCAAUUAUAUCCAAGAUCCAAACAAAGACAAAUUAGUGUCAAAGAUGCUACAUGAGUUAUCAUUGAAAGAUGACCAAAUUACAAAAUAUGCUUUGUUUUUUGAUGCUGAGUGUGAUGUGAGAACAAAGCCUCCAGAGGAUGUGUUCAGACUGCACAAGCAGCAUUUUUUAGAGGUACACCCAAUAACCCAAGAUACCAUUUUGGACAGGAUGUAUUCAGUUCGUGGACCUGGUGAGAAUACAUAUGAGGAAUUGGCUACUAAGUGGCUAAAACAUUCUCAAAACCUGGACAAAUAUGUUGAGGGGACAAUCAAAUACUUACCCACAAUGCCUAUAACACCAUUAAGAGCAAAUGUUGUAAACAAUUUACGUUCAGCUUUGUGCCUGAUGAAGGAAAUACCACUGAUGUUUUCACUCCCACUCAUACCCAUUCUUUCGAAAUAUCUUGAAACACCUUUCAUUGGCUUUCUGCAAUUGCUAUACAUCAUCACACAGAAGACUCCUCAGAAGGAUGAUGGCUCAGAUGCUCAAUUUAUUGAUGAACUGUGCAAGCUGUGCAAAGGCAUAGUGCCUUUUACAGAUUCAAAGCACCCACCUGCCACUAGUGUAACAACUUAUGGGAUAAUAGCACACCUGUAUUCAUAUGGGCGUGUACGUGAGGUUAUCAAAUCCCUUGGUGUCACAUCUGUACCUGAGAGGAUACUGCUUUUUGCAGACAAAGGCAUGAAUGACAUUUUGAAAAAAGAAUUGAGGGAACUGAAUGACAACCUAACAAAGCAAUCUUCCAAUGGACAAUCACCUGAAGAGGAAGUGUUUUCCCAGAUGGAAGAAAAAGAGAAGAAGAAGAAGAAAAAGAAGAAGAAGAAGAAGAAGAAGGGGAAUAAAGAAAAUCCAUCAACCAAUGAUUUGGUCUCUGGUUCAGUGAUGGCUUCAGACUGUGAUACUCUCAUGAAUUCAGUUGAUGAGUCUUGCUCUGCUGAUGAGCCAAGGUCAAGUGUUCACCCAUUUUCUUCUGUUACUGACAAAACAAUGACAAAUCCACGACGUUGGCACCAAACCAGUCUUCGCUGGAAGGACAUGUUGGAAGCAAUUGCUUGUAGGAGAACAACAGAGAAGAAAGUACAAAAUCUUACUUUUUGUCCUAAUCAUCGAAUAGCAAAAGGAAGUGAUGGCACAGAAGUCUAUAUUGGCCUCAGAGAGGAUGGCACUGAAGUUGCUAUUAAACGCAUGACCAAGUCAAACUACCAGCUGCUUAAAAAUGAGGAGGUUUUAUUACGUGGGUUUGACAAUCCCUGUAUUGUGCGAUAUGUAGACUUUGUUGAAGAUGAAAACUUUGGCUACCUAGCCCUUCAGCUUUGUGAGUAUACCCUGGAAGAAUACAUUGAACCAGAGAAACAACUUUUACCAGAAAACCCUCAGGAAAAGACAGACUUUCUGAAGACAAAAGUAAAGGAAGUCCUUCAAAGUUUAGAAGUCCUUCAUAGAGAGGAUAACAAUGUGCUUCACAGGGACAUCAAACCCCAAAAUGUUUUGAUCGAUAUCCAAGGAAAAGCAAGGUUGGCUGAUUUUGGCAUCAGUAGAAGACUGAAGGUCGGACAGACAACAUUGCACACAAGGCCUGCAGGAACCAAAUGCUGGGAAGCCAAGGAAGUGUUAAAAAGUCUUGAAGAGAAGAGUGAUAGUGGCUUUAAGAGAAGCUCAGAUGUCCAGGUUGCAGGAAUGCUGGUGUACUACAUCCUCUCCUGUGGACACCAUCCUUUUGGGGAAGGGAUUCGCUGUGAGAUUAACAUUCUGGACGGGAAGUACAACCUGGAUUUGGUGGAAGAUGAGUUGGCUAAAGAUCUGAUUGAGAGGAUGAUCCAAGAUGACCCCAAAGACAGGCCAAGAGUGAAGGACACACUCACUCACCCCUACUUCUGGGACAAUGAGAGGAGGGUGGAUUUUUUGACAAAAGUUGGUAAUCAGAGUGAAGCAGAGAAUUGUCGAAAUGCGAAAGAGAGUGACCUUGAGGUCCUGGAGAAAUGCACUGUGGGUAAAACCCUAGCUGACUGGAAAAACAAAUUACCCCCUGACCUGGUCCAAAAGCUGGAUGAAUACACGUCGCCUUACCCUGAAAACACUCUGGGUCUGCUGCGUUUCAUACGCAAUCUCUACGAACACUACCCUGAUGAAGCAGAGAAGAUCGAUCUGACGGAACUGUUUCCUGACCUGCUUGCGACUGUCUACAUGUUUGUUAAAGCUAAGAAGUGGAAUUUACGACCCCUCUUGAACAAAUUCUUCCCUUCCUGAAGAUUCAGUCAUUGCUUUGGGUAUCGUCUUUAUCCUUCUAACACUGUUCCGGUCAAAAAUGACCGAUUUACACAUUCCCUGUACCAUAAAUAUGGCAUUUUUCAUCAGAUUGCCUCAAGAUCUUA